AUGGACCUUAUGGAUGCAGGGGGGCAUAGAAGGCUCCAGUUACAAGAGUUGGAGGAAUUAAAGAAUGAAACCUAUGAGAACGCGGCAAUUUAUAAGGAGAAGAGCAAAAUCUUUCACGACCAACAAAUUUCAAGGAAAUCAUUUAUAGUGGGGCAAAAAGUCCUCCUGUAUCACUCGAGACUUAAACUUUUCCCUGUGAAAAUCCAUAGUUUGAAAACGGAGAAAAAGUUCGUUGUAAAUGGUCACCGUCUAAAGCCUUACUAUGAGGGGUUCAAUAGUGAGCAGGUGGAGAAAACUAGGGGUUCCGAGGUGUGCCCACGUCUUGGAAGGAAUGCGCCAGGUGCACUGGGCAACUUGGAGACCAUCAGUUCCAAGGCGUGCCCACAUCUUGGAAGGGAUUCUCUCUUGGACAUUAUUUAG